AUGAAGAACAACUACACUAUUCGACGUUAUAAAACCUGUUCUGACGUGCCGACCUACAUAUACAUUAUAGAACCUACACUUAGUUCUGACAUUAUAGAACCUAGUUCUGACAUUAUAGAACCUACACUUAGUUCUGACAUUAUAGAACCUACACUUAGCUCUGACGUUAUAGAACCUACACAUAGUUCUGACGUUAUAGAACCUACACUUAGUUCUGACGUUAUAGAACCUACACUUAGUUCUGACAUUAUAGAACCUACACUUAGUUCUGACAUUAUAGAACCUACACUUAGUUCUGACAUUAUAGAACCUACACUUAGUUCUGACAUUAUAGAACCUACACUUAGUUCUGACGUUAUAAAACCUACACUUAGCUCUGACGUUAUAGAACCUACACAUAGUUCUGACGUUAUAGAACUUACACUUAGCUCUGACGUUAUAGAACCUUCACUUAGUUCUGACAUAAUAGAACCUACACUUACCUCUGACGUUAUAGAACCUUCACUUAGCUCUGACGUUAUAGAACCUACACAUAGUUCUGACGUUAUAGAACCUACACUUAGCUCUGACGUUAUAGAACCUACACUUAAACCUACACUUAGUUCUGACAUUAUAGAACCUACACUUAGUUCUGACAUUAUAGAACCUACACUUAGUUCUGACAUUAUAGAACCUACACUUAGUUCUGACAUUAUAGAACCUACACUUAGUUCUGACAUUAUAGAACCUACACUUAGCUCUGGACGUUAUAGAACCUUCACUUUCAGUUCUGACAUAAUAGAACCUAAGCACUUAGUUCUUGACGUUAUAGAACCUACACUUACCUCUGACGAACCUACACUUAGUUCUGACGUUAUACCUACACUUAGUUCUGACGUUAUAGAACCUACACUUAGUUCUGACAUUAUAGAACCUACACUUAGUUCUGACGUUAUAAAACCUACACUUAGUUCUGACGUUAUAGAACCUACACUUAGUUCUGACAUUAUAGAACCUACACUUAGUUCUGACAUUAUAGAACCUACACUUAGUUCUGACGUUAUAGAACCUACACUUACCUCUGACGUUAUAGAACCUACACUUAGUUCUGACAUUAUAGAACCUACACUUAGUUCUGACGUUAUAGAACCUACACUUAGCUCUGACGUUAUAGAACCUACACUUAGUUCUGACGUUAUAGAACUUACACUUAGCUCUGACGUUAUAGAACCUACACUUAGUUCUGACUUUCUUGGUGCUUUACGUUGCAUUGAACUCGACAUCAAAGAGAAAGAAGAAGACAAUGAUCAGUACAAUAUAUUAAGUGCUAUUCUACUCCUCCGAAUGACCUUCCCAUUAACACACCCAGACCCUGAACACCCUAGUUAG